AUGAUCUUUUUUUUUGCUCUCAUUGUAGACAUGUACCAGUACCUCCUGUCCUUUUCUCAAGGCCACCUGAGCUCCUUGUUGGAGGGAACCUUCCCAUCCCUGUCCCGCCGUGCCCUGCCCCACGUCAAUCAGCUCUUCUCAUCGCUCUCUCUCUACCUCCGUGGCGCCAAUGUCUCCGUCGAGGCAACGGUGCACCAAUUUUAUGACAACAUCUUCCCCCUUGUCUACACACAGCUUAUCAAACCAGUCGCUGAGGACGGCAUAACGGGAGACAGCGAAACUAGUGACUGUCUCCGUAAGAUCAGGCACGAUGUAAAUCCUUUCGGGAAUCAUUCUACCGUCAUGGCUCAGGAGUUGGCCGGAGCACUGGGGGCUGGUCGGCAACUGAGUCUGGCCUUGGACGAGGGCAGGGUGGUCAUGAAUGCCACGGAACAUGCCACCCUGAGCAAAGACUGUGUGAAAAGCCUGUUGAAGAUGGUGUACUGCCCACACUGCAGAGGCUUGACGUUGAUCAAGCCCUGUGGUGGCUACUGUACAAAUGUAAUGCGAGGCUGCUUGGCCAGCGUGUCGGAGCUUGACCAGCCUUGGAGGCGAUAUGUCGGCCUGCUGGAGCAGCUAAUCUUUGCCAUGGCCGGACACCACAACCUGGAACUAGCCAUGCUGGGAGUCGGAGGGCACGUUUAUGAGGCACUCCUCUAUGCACAGAUCCAUGGUCCAAUCAUUAAUGCCAUGGUGGUCAAAGUGUGUGGCCUGUCUACAGCGGAACCUCCAGGCAUAGAGCCCACUAGUCCGGAGGUCACAACCUCUACCAUAACCUCAUCUCCUCCUCUCCCAUCUGUUGCUCCUUCCGAACAUUUACCAGAACAGUGGCAGGAAAAGUUAGCCCACUUAAAGAGGGAUUUCUUGUUGCAUCUGCAUCGCUACAAGUCCUUCUUUGCUGCUUUACCAGAGAUUCUGUGUGAAGGGGAAACUUUAGGGGUUGGAUCAUCUUGCUGGAGCGGAGAUGGUGUUGUGAAAAGGUAA